GAGCGCAGUCGGUCGGGAGGUGUAUAGGCUGUCACGAAAUUGGUCGGUCUGUCGGUCAGCCGAUAAGUUGUGGGGACCGUAAGUGAUACAUGAUUAUCCAUUUGUGGUCAUGUUUUUGUUCUAUAUCUCAUUAACAUAUAACUUUGGAUACUGGAAUUGUCUAAAAAAUUACUCACAUGUGACGUCAGUACCGCCGAUCCGACGUACGCACCAGCAAUCAGCCAAGCGAUUUGCAGGAAGAAAUGAAUAUUUAAAGUCAAAUAAUCUGCUUUUAAUCUAAUGCAAGACAAACAGAGGGCUGAGUGAAUACUUUUCGAGUCGGACAGCAAAAGGGCUACAUGAAGUAAACGAAACAAACAUUGAAGCAGGACCGCGACGGCGGCCAGUUUACGUGGAAACGACAGAGGAAACUCCACUUGGCCGGCGCACAGCCCUUAGUGCUCGUCUACAGCUACUGCAGGGGAGGGGGGUUCUUCGUUUCACGAGACGGAUUAGGCUCAGCCCACUGCGAGUAACUGCAUCCUACAUGAAGUACUGUCCCAGCCUCCAGGAUGGACAUUGACGGUGAUUGGAAAAUGAAGACGCACUCAGAAUUAUCAGGCGCUAGAUCCCACAGUGCAAGGCUGAAUGUCGGCAAAGUUAAAAGUGUCGGAGGGUCAACGGGACAGUUUCAGAAAGCAGUACACAUAGUGAAGGAGCACAGCUACUCUUUGCCCGUCCAGUUCAAGCAUGACAACUAUGGACAAGGCUCCUCACUACAUAGUGUGUCUGGAGCCUCAGCAGAACAAGUUACUGAUGAGACAGGCCGUAGAUACGCUGUAGCUAAAAGGAGACUUAAAAGUGUCAGCGUUGUUAGAAGAGACAGCAGUAGCAGUAGCAGUGGCAGUGGCAGUAGCGGCGGGGACAGCAGCGGUAACAAGACAGCCAAUAUCGGCGCCGACGGCAUUGGUAAUGGGAGAGGCAGUAGCGACAGCGCCGGAAGCGGCAACGGGAGAGGAGGUAGCAACAGCAACAGCGACAGCGCCGGAAGCGGCAACGGGAGAGGAGGUAGCAACAGCGACAGCGACGGCAGCGGCAACGGGAGAGGCGGUAGCAACAGCGACAGCGACAGCGACGGCAGCGGCAGCGGCAACGGGAGAGGCGGUAGCAACAGCAGCAGUAGCAGGAGUAGUAGUAACAAUUGUGUUGGCAGUAGCAGCAGCAGCAGCAGCAGCAGUACUAACAGUAGCACCAGUUGCUCUCCUGUUCACAAUAGCUCACAUGACACACACAAAGACAUUUACAUUGGUUCCAAAAUUAGUUACCCAGAAUACAGACAGGGUGUAGGUAAAAGCAACAAGGAAACUGAAGCUUUAAACCCAUCUGAAGUUCAGAGUUACAGCGUAUUGUGUCAAGGACAACACAUGGAUACUCCCUUUCUCCUCAAAGGAAAGGUCGGAACCAACAUAGGAAACACACCACGCACUUGCAGGAUGAGAAGUCUUAGUGAUAGCAGUAGCAGCAGCAGCGAAAGAGAUGAUAGAAUAGCUGCAGAAGGAUUUCGUACCAAUAAAUUUCCAGCCUUAAGUAAAGAUGUAGCAAAAGCAUAUCAAAAAGCUGUAGACCCCAGGGAAGAGAAGCGGAGAGAAGAAAACACUUGGGAUGUGAUUGGUAAAUGUAUGGAAGCAGUAGAAUCGAGAAUUUGUUACCUUUGCUCUCUUGCCGAGACUGUAUUCGGCGACUGCUAUAGGCCUUACGAUCCUAUGGGGAAAUCGGAUGCAGAUACUGACACUAGCGACCUAGGUACAUCUGAGGGCUGUUCAUACAGUGAACAGAGACUAAAGGCUGUCGAAGCCUGCUUAUCAGAAGCCUACAUUGAUCUCGCUUCGGAAGAAGACGAAGAAACCGAAUUGAUUGGCCCGAUACUUCCAGGAGGGCAGAUCGGCGAAUGUAGCAGAGAAGAGAUCGUAGAAGGCAUUAGAAAAGACGAAGAACUAUUAUCUGAGGAGACCGUGUCCAGUGACGAAUGCAGAGAGAGUGCGAGCUCAGGAACAAAAAUAAAGAUACCAGAAGACGCUUCCUCCAGUCACUAUGGAGUGUUCGAAGGAAUCAUGGAAUGUGACGAGCCGCCUUACUGUGCAAAAGAGGUCUUCGACGUUUGCAAAGACGCUCGCAAGUCUGUGAAGAGAGCUGUUCGAAAUCUUGAAAAAUUAUCCGAUAUGACCAAUAGAGCUAAGCAGUAUGUAGAAGAGAUAAACGUAACCUACGCCCUUUUUCUUAGCUGCAUGAACUGUGUGAUCAGCGUCGUGAGGCCUGCUAUGGAGGCGGACCGGCUCGCCCAGCAAGCGCGGCGAAACAUACGCACACUGGACCGUGCGACAGCAGCCGCACUUGUUGAUACCGCCAGCAGUGUGUCGAGGUGUGCAGAGUCGGCUCUGUCCUGCGCGGAGGAGGCCGUGGAGUUUCACUCGGACGCCAUCGGCGCUUUGUCAGCCGCUGAGACCUCACUGCACGAGAUAGAGAGCGACGAACUCGUCAGCAAGGACACAGUCCUGGAAAUAUCAGUCGUCUCUGCCGUCAUCGACAUGCUUGCAGAGCAGAUGGCCGACACUAAUCUGAAUGAACUACACGAAAAGAGAGACGGAGUGAGAUACAAGGCCGGUAAUACUUCGUGGACGUUACUAACGUCAAAAUCGGAUAGCGACAAGCUGGAACACCUGUACAGAAGGUGUAACUAUGCGCGCGUCCAGCUUCUGGAGAAUCUUGCGUGGGCGACGAACUACUCCGUGAAUGCGAUGGACGCAGCUGCGAAAGUGCUAGAAACACUGUCCACUCCAAACGAGCCGUAGCGUUGCCUCACAUAAACUAGCCACGACCAAUUCUCAGAACAGCCAACUUUCAGCCGGAGCGAGAUUUUUAAAAAUGUUUCACGCUACACGGCGGCAUACAAACUUACAUACCUUGUGUAUUACAACUACAUGUCUAAAUUUUUGUAUCACCAGUGUCUAAUAUACAGCUCCGACAAUAUUAUCUCUCCUACCAAUUUCAAGAAAAGUUUCAAUAGUACUGGAACUAAACAGUACUUCGGCGUCAGUGCUUCUAAUUGUGCAUUUAAUAAGUCAGGUGUCAGCGACCACAAAAAUCCAUAAACUGCAUUUAUUUUAAGUUACUAGCGUUCUCGUCUGACAGAUACAUUGAUACCACACAGUGAAUGUGGUAGUUAGACAACAGAGGUUAUCUACCAUGAGACACUCUAACCUUGCUACAAUAACAUGGUGGGUAGUGCCUUACUUUAAACGUCAUGAGAGAAUUUACUUGAACUGCUGAACUUGUUACUGUUCAUACGGUCCCUACGAUAAUAAUCACAAGAAGUUGAAAAUAAUUACUUUUUAAAUAUGUUUCAUUAUAAUGCAUAUACAUAUGGUCACCGAAUGCUGUUGGAUUUUAUUCCAAAAAUCUCCAUUCUUCUUUUACUAAUUCCUUAAGUAAAUGUAUAAUCAAACGGCUGCAAUGAUUUUGCAGUUCACUCAUUCAAGACAAUAACUACUGUGAUUACACUAUGUGUAAAUAUUGGCAGUUAAGUUAUACAUGGUCAAAUUGUAACAUUAAUUAUGUAACAAUAAAAAUUUAGCAACUAUGAA